CAAACCAAAGCUAAUAAAGUUAAUCUCAUUCGGCAUUCGACAUCCAUCUCCUCGCUCGCCUCGCGCUUGACCAUCGUCCGCGGUUGUUGUGUGCGCACAGUUCGCAGUUCAAUCCACCACACACCGCAUCGCAAACCACAACAACUUUACGCUAUCCGACGAUCGCAACCUUGCUAGACACGGACGUGAGUUACCUGUGCAGUUACCUGCUCCCACAACAGGUAUAUAUCUUCGUUCGGCGUUAAUUGUUCACUAGACGCGUUGCAAACGCGCAAGAAACUGGUUUCUGCACUGCAAUACUUCAUAACAACUGGUUUUGGUUGGUUUUGUUUGUUUACUCGCAGACCUGGUGAUUCCGAUAUUGUAUUGACAGUUCUUCGUGUGCUGUCAGUGCGGCAAGACCUACCAACGGACACGAUGCGUCUCCAGGUUGUGAUUUUCAUUGGUUUAGCGUUGGUUACGCUGGGAACCGCGCAGAGUAUUGAUGAAGUUUUUGAUCAGAAGAAUCAAGACGCUGGAAAUGCUGGAACACCUGGACCUACAAUUCAAGGAAAUUCAGGGACGGAAUCAACUUGUACCUGCGUUCCAUACUAUCAAUGCAAUAAUAAUAAUACCAUCAAUACAGAUGGUAAUGGGUUGAUUGACAUCAGGUUGAAAAAUGAAGACUGUGCUGAUUAUUUAGAGGUCUGUUGCAAAGCCCCUGUGAAAGUAGACCCUGACCACCCCAUCACCCCAAAACCCCCAAUCAAUAAACCCACAGGUUGCGGCAGUAGGAACCCCGAAGGUGUAGGUUUCCGCAUCACUGGAGGCAAUGAAGAAGCGCAAUUCGCUGAAUUCCCCUGGAUGGUCGCAGUUCUCCGUGAGGAGACCAUCGAAGGCAAUCCCAACAAACUCAAUGUUUACCAAUGUGGUGGUGCAUUGAUCCAUCCAUCAGUUGUCCUCACCGCUGCGCACUGCGCGACCGGAAAAGAUAAAAAAUUCAAGAUUCGUGCAGGUGAAUGGGAUACGCAGACCAAAAACGAGAUCCUGCCUCAUCAGGACCGCGAUGUAAAACAGGUCAUUGUUCAUAAAGACUACUACGCAGGCGCACUAUUCAAUGAUAUCGCUUUGAUGUUCUUACAAGAACCUGUUACUAUUGAUGGUAAUGUUGAUGUAGUCUGCGUGCCACCCCAGGGCCUUAUCCUGGACAGCAGUAGAUGCUUCGCUAGUGGUUGGGGUAAAGAUGUUUUUGGAAAAGAAGGGAAAUAUCAGGUUAUCUUGAAAAAAAUUGAACUCCCCAUUGUAAAUCGUGAUGCCUGUCAAGAAAAACUUAGAAAUACUCGAUUGGGUGCACAUUUCCAAUUGCAUAAGAGUUUCAUCUGUGCUGGAGGACAUGGGAAGGACACAUGCCGUGGAGAUGGUGGUUCUCCUCUUGUUUGCCCUGUUCCUGGACAUGAUGAUAGAUACGUGCAAGCUGGUAUUGUCGCUUGGGGAAUUGGAUGUGGAGAGAAUCAAGUUCCGGGAGUUUAUGUUAAUAUUCCGCUGUUUAGAGACUGGAUUGAUGAGCAGAUGAAGGCGUACGGUUACGACACCACAACGUACUCGUACUGAGAUGUGUUUUGUUUACUGUGAAUAACGUUUCUAAUCUUUUUUUUAUCAGCAUAAAAAUACAUGAAUAAAUGCAUAUUAUACGAUGUAUAAGAUAUUUUAAUGAAUAAAAACAGACUAUGAACUGA